AGAAGUCUCCGAUUGUGCCCAGCAACGAUUGCCAGCUUCACGGAGCUUUUGCGAGCUCACUCAUAUAUCUCGAUGGGCUAACCAUUAGGUCAGCUUUUAGAAAUAUUAGUUAACGUUGCCUAUCGGCCUGGUUUGGUUGCGUUAAGGUAGCUGCAAUACGCAGACGAAGGGCAGAGAGCAGUUGAGUUGAUCUGCUUGAUCUCAUUUCAAUCAAGGAUGGCUGCCUUUUGCGAAGUUUGAUGCGCCUCGACGCGUCUAAUGUUAGCUAGCUAGGUAACGCUAAACAGAAACGAGAAAAUACUGUUCCUAUAGCUGGUAAGUUACAGAUAAUCACUUUAUUUUACCAAUCACCGCCAUAGUUAAGUCUGACGAAAAUGACAGAUGACACUCGACGAGGGGAAGAUGAUGAGCGGGGUCCCGGUGCUGCGUAUCAGAUGUUUGUUGUCAUGGAGGAUCUGCUGGAUAAACUGAAGCUUCUUGACUACGAGGAAGUUAUGUCGAAACACAAUAUGAAAGCCCUCUCCAGACAUUACUUCGCUUCAAGCCCCUACAUGCCAUCGAACCCUGGCGAACAAUUCUACAUGUUUACUAUUAUUGCAUCUUGGCUCAUCAACGAGGCGGGUAGACCGUUUGAGCAGCCGCAGGAAUACGACGAUCCCAACGCGACCGUGUCAAACAUUCUUGUGGAGCUCCGAGCUUUUGGUGGGCAGGUGGAUUUCCCUCCAUCGAAGCUGAAAGCUGGCUCAGGGGAACACGUGUGCUAUGUGCUAGAUCGUCUGGCAGAGGAAGCUUUGAAAAAGAAACGUUUUACAUGGAAGAAGCCAUGCUAUCCCACAGAGGACCUGGAGGAGGAGUCUGUCAUGGAGGACGAUGCCGAGCUCACACUGAGCAAAGUGGAGGAGGAGAUGACUGAAGAACCUGAUGACUAUGAGGAGGAUGAUCUCAUCGAUCUUGAUGCGCUGAAGGCAAGGACCAAUCAGAAUGAAGUUAAUGGAUCUUCAAAACCUGAAGAUAUUUUGGAGUCAAACACAGAUGUAGCCGAGUGGAAUCUGGAAGUGGAACGAGUUCUGCCACAGCUGAAGGUGACCAUCAGGACGGACAACAAGGACUGGAGAAUCCACGUCGACCAAAUGCACCAGCACAAGGAGGGCAUUGAAUCCUCACUGAAGGAAGCCAAGGGCCACCUCAACAAACUGCAGGAGGAGAUCAGUAAGACCUUGGAGAAGGUGGGCAGCAGAGAGAAGUACAUCAACAACCAGCUGGAGCACCUGAUCCAGGAGUUCCGCUCUGCACAGUCCAAGCUGAGCGAGGCCAAGGAGCGCUACCAGCAAGGAAGUGGCGGAGUUACAGAAAGGACGAGAGUUCUCUCUGAAAUCAGUGAGGAGCUGGAAAGAGUGAAGCAGGAGAUGGAGGAGAAGGGGAGUAGCAUGACGGACGGGGCUCCAGUGGUGAAGAUCAAGCAGAGUCUGACCAAACUGAAACAGGAGAUCGUGCAGAUGGACAUCCGCAUGGGUGUGGUGGAGCACACACUGCUACAGGCCAAACUGAAGGAGAAGUCAAACAUGACCAGAGACAUGCAUGCUACCAAUAUCCCUGAGGCUGCCAUUGGUGUUUAUUAAUGUGUGAAUUCAGAAUGUUCAAGCUCUCUUGCUGAAUGGUAAAAUAUUAUUGUAUGUUUAUUAUGUUUCAUUAUUUAUCGAUAUUAUACCCUUUUGUAAAAAAAUAAAGAAUAAAUAAUUUUGAGGAAAGUAAAGCAAAAGUAUCUGUUCUUUUCAAAUAAAAUCUUGUUCAGCAAUACUGGUAAUUGCUUUGAGAAAAUAAAUAUCACUUUUUCAUAUA